UUUCUUGUUUAAAUAUACCAGACUUCAAAUAAAGAUUCUUGUAUCUUGUAGCAUAUGCAUGACCCAUGUGAGUGAGCAUAAAAACUGUGGUUACGAUGAUUUGAUGGAUAACGUUCAGUUCAAGAAAGAUGAGCUGCUUCUCACAGCUGUCCUACGCUGUAUCCGUGUUGCUCUGGGUACCGUCUUGGAGUCCCGGCGCUUGAUUCCGGUCCGCCAGAGUACCUGGGUCCGUGUCGGGGUGUGCCGCCAGUCCCGGGUUGGGCGCGUUAUACUGAACAGCGGCCGCACGUGGAGCACUAUUACUAGACGGUGGUGGACGGUAUCCCGCUUGGCGGGCAGCAGCCUGGUUCCUGGGAUGCCGCGGCGGGAGUUCCGGUACUGGUAGAUGAUCAGCUGUGAACCACUGGUUAUCGAUAUAUAGAGUGUCAUAUGCUAAGACAGU